AUGGCGCCUCCCAAGAAGUCACAAAUGCCUGUAUCAGGCCAGGCCCCUAGAGGUGAUUCCGAAAAGACUUAUUCCGCGAAGGUGCUUUCAGAUGUUGAAGAAUGCUCUGAGCCUUCCUCUCCCACGCUUCCCGGUUCAAUGGGAGAUAUUUACAAGAUCCGACUGGGGCAAGCUAUCAAAGAACUCCAGGGGCUAAUUCAGCAAAUCAGAAUGCACGAAAUCGAUAUCUCCGAAGUCGCGGAAAGCCUAGCUCGGUUUGCUGAAAAGCAAAAUAUCCUCCUUCAGACCGCGGGCGAUGAUGCAUUUCUUGCUAAACCCCAUGUCGAGAUUGUUCCAGUAAUGCUAGAGCGCGUCCGUCUUGACAUGAUCGACUUGAAAUUGGUAAGGUUUCUUAAUACCAAGAAGACAGGACGAGAGAUAUGUGCCACCAGCACAGGAAAUGAGGCUUUAUAA